ACAAACUCAUGAAUCUUGAAUGAGAAGAACCCUGGAAUAGAACAAGAAGGAAUUGUAACAAUAUUCAGCGAUGGACGACCGUGAAAUUGAUAAGAUAUGUGUAUUUUUGCAAUUAUUUUUAUAUCCAGUUGAAUUUGUAGAAUGACAUUGAUGCUGCAAAUAUGAAAAUGUUGGAUUUCAUUGAGAAAUUCUAAGUCCUGUGACAGUGAAACAUGUCACACCACCAAGGCCCUAGGUCUUUACCUAGCUCCAGGCACCGAUCACUCUCAACAAAUGUCCGACGCCUUCAGGAGGCCUUGAAUGGUAUCCUGGAAGAGGAUGAGAGAACUUUGUUUGUAGGAGCUCUCAAUGACUACCAUACCCAUCGGGAUGUACAGCUGUUUGUCAGGAGACUUAAAGCUAUACUUAACACACAGUCCAAACGUCAGCUAUUGCCUCUUAUUCGAAAGGUCAUGCCUUCGAUGGAUAUUGAGGCUUUUGACAGGUUGACUGGUAGUAACAUUAAAACCCAAAAGUCACUUUCUUAUAGGUCCCAUCAUGCUCCGAGAAGUGCACAUGCCUCAAGCUCAUCAGAACAAUUUCCACAAGUGACGUUCUCAAAGCCUCGAAGAAAGCCUCGACAGAGUUUGUCGAGGAGCACAAAAUCAGAAAAAGCUACAAAGAAAAAAUCAACAAAAAGUGUAUUUGGUGGAAAAGUGAAAUCUGAGCAUACAUCCAAAUCUGGAUCAGCACGAAGUGCCCCAGUGUCAAUUUUACAUAAUAGGGGAGAUGUCAACAACAGCAUUAAGAGUACAAGGAUUUCCAAGGCCGGUUCAGGGUCAAUGAUGUCCCUCACACCCCAAAACAACGAGGUUCUCCGAGUAAAUCUCGGCCAGCCCACUAAUCCAGAGGAGGGGUUUGGGUUCAGUAUCCGAGGGGGUUCAGAAUACGGACUUGGGAUCUACAUAUCACAGGUAGAUGGUCGGAGUGUUGCUGACAAACAAGGCCUACAACCAGGCGACAUGAUUAUGGAGGUCAAUGACAUCACAUUCAAGAAAAUUGCACAUGAUGAGGCAGUCAAGAUUAUCAAAUCUGCUCGGCGAUUGGAGCUGGUUGUGUGUCGGGUGGGGCGGAUUCCUGGAUCAUUCGAGAUUCAUCAGAUGUACAAAUGGGUAGACCCUUACGGUAGAACGGUAUCACCGCCACCAGAACUAGAACAGAUCGCGAAGUUGGAGGCGGGGACAAUCGGGCGCAGAAGCGGACUACUACUCCUCAAAAGCAGCGAUGAGAGGAAGGUGAACGUUGCCGUAGGAGAAAAGGACAAACUUGGGUUGAUGAUAAGAGGUGGCCUGGAAUUCGGACUUGGAAUCUACGUUUCCGGUGUUGACCACGGGUCAGUGGCUAAAAGUGCAGGACUUAAGGUAGGUGACCAGAUACUGGACGUUAACGGUCACAGUUUUCUGGACACCACACAUGCCGAGGCUGUACGAGUGCUGAAAACAUCCCGUCUGAUGGUCAUUACUCUCAAAGACAUAGGCAAGCUGCCCUUCGCCCGGACCACCAUCGACAAGACACAGUGGAUAAACCAGUCCCUAAUGACGGGCUCCAGAUCCAGUAGCCAACUUUCCCUCAGUACAGACACUUUAACCUCUUCCAGUACUCUCACCCCUAAUUCUGGGUUUUCCAAGGGGGCGGGGUCACAGCUGAUGUUGACGUCUCUCGCCAACUCGAAGUGGAACAUGAUCGAGGAAGUAGGAGGUCAACAACUCAAUGAGACGGAGCACGGAACAAUGCGUUACUACCUAAAGGAAUACCAGAGGGACCACAUCACAGUGGAGGGACUUGUCUUAGCACUGACAGAGCUCCUCAACACACACGCAAAAUAUACCCUGAUGUCAGAGAUCAGAAACAUUGUCCUUGCUAAAGAUUUGGAGAAGUUUGACUUGCUCACCAAACAGAGGGAAAUAGAGUCGAGAAUGGCACGUCCCGCUGACUUCCUGUUCUCAGAUAAACAUGCUGACAAAUAUCCUGACAGGUACUCAUCAAAUGAGGUCAAACUUCGAAGCAAGAAAAAGACUAGGGGCUAUAUAUCAUCUUCUAGACAGGAUUCAGAUAACACUAGUUAUCGGUCAGAGGACGCCUCGAGACGGUGGGCUGACAAACGACCACCUUCAUCACAGGUAAUUUCAGAAAGUGACCUGGAGGCACUUCGGUUGGCUAUAGAACAGAUCAGUGUCGAGGGCACUGUUGACCGCCUCCCUGACCAUCUACCACAGUUCAGCGACCAAGGUUACACUCAGUCCAGUAGUAGCAUGGCAAGUCCGGCAUCCACCCAUCACGAAAUGUCACCACUCCAGCCUUCCUCCUCCCAGUCCAGUCUCAUCAGCGAACACAGACAUACACCCUCUCCGAAACCUGGACCCUCGUACCUGUCAUCAGCAGAGGAACGCCUGUCACGGUUGACGGAUUCCAGAUACAGGGUUGAGGACAAGCUGUCAGAUUUCAAAUACAAUGAUCCUAACAUGCAGUUAACUGGAUCUCCCACCAGGAUCCCCUUGAAGGAUGUUCCUAUUAGAAAAACCAAUUCUCCAACAUCUCGACCUCUCACAAGGACAGGGAAUCGAAGGUCAGAGGUCAGAAGGUCGACAGAGGAUGUCAGUCACAGGUCACAGGUUAAAAAGUUGACUGAAGAUUCUGGCUAUAGAAGUAACAAUUUCAUCCUCCACAAACAAGCCUCAUCCAAUCGUGAUUCCGGGGUCGGAAUGGAAAACACAGUUCAUGCUGAAGUUCACGCAUACACCAAGGCGCCUGACAACCACAGUCCUGACGAUGACAGUGGGGUGGAUUUGAAUGGCAGCAGUCGCCAUGACAACACAUCACAACACGAGCAAGAACAAUACUAUAUGGGUAUGACUUCUUCCCUUAAGAGGAAAAGGGUGACUAUAUCGGCUGACAAUCCAAUCGACAUUGACGAUGCCUUGUCGGCUCGAUCUGCUUCUUCGACCUUGGACCGGCAUGAACGACCUUGGGCUCAGGAAUUUGAAAUGAUGGUGAACCACUUUAAUGAGGAGGCAGUGCUGAUUGCCGCUGCCAGGGAGAAGUAUGGAGAUAUUCCUCUGGAGGUAGUCACCAUCCAUAAAACUAAACCCACACUGGGGCUGGCCAUAGAGGGAGGAGCCAACACACGACAACCACUCCCUAAAGUCAUCAACGUACAGCCAGGAGGGUCAGCAUACGAGUCUGGACGUUUGAAACCAGGACAAAUCAUUCUCGAGGUGAAUGGUCAAUCUUUAUCGGGUAUGGCACAUAUUGGAGCAGCUCGAACUAUUGCAGAGGCAUUCAAAAAUAAACAGGCCGAUCACAUAGAACUGCUUGUUACAGAGUCCAACACCAAACUUCCCCAUAACUCAGACGUCUGAAAGCUGAAUGACUAUCACAACAUAGACUGCCAAUGCCUUAAUUAAUCAUAUAUUUCUUUUGAGAUGUCUGAACUGUGGAUGUACCAGAAAACUUCUUUUGUGAAGACUGAGCUGCAUGUGGAUGUACCAGCAACAUUUGCCAUACAUCAACAAAAUGUGCUUUCACCACACUUAACAGUUAUCCUGAUCAUUUGUUAUGUUAAACAGUAGGAAGUACCUGUGUGUACCAGUAGUGAAAGUUUUCGCUACACUGUUAAAUUCACUCUCUCUUUAUUGGGCAAAAUUGGCGAAUGUUAAACAGUAGAUAUAGUUUCCUGGAUUUAUUUACCUGGCUUCUGUGUAUUGUACUGAUUCUAAGGUAAAGUUGCUAUAUACUAAUUAUUGAUUUCAGGGAUAAGUCUUGAUUACAUGGACUUAUUCCUUGUGGAUUCUGUAAGGGGAAAAUUGCAGGUUAUUAUCAAUUCUGUCUUUCCAAAUAAUAUUGUAGGUAUACUAUGACAUUUUCAGCUCAGUAUAAUUACAAAGAAGGAACAUCGCAGGAGAUCUACACAAAUGUAUAUUGUGUUAACUUUGUGGAGUACAGACAUUUGUAAUUUGUCUCAGAACAAAAAUAGGAUUACCAGGGUCACACACAAGUGAUAUAACCACAGAUGAUUCCCGCAAACGGUACCAGGGCCACAAACGGUAACCAGUGAUACGGUUUUUCAGCGUCUUUUUAACAAAUUAUACAAUGACUAGAGAAGAGAAAAGUCAAGUUGUACUUAAUUGUUGUUCCCGUGUUCCAAUGAUCAUAAUCAUGAAAAAAUUGUUUUCGUAAUGUGAAUCAGAAUGUUCAUUCUAAAUCUUACCUUGUACUGAAUUUCAAAACCUGAAGAGGAUCCCUUGGUAAAGGGAAGUAAUUCUUGUCCAGAAAUGCCAUUUUGAAAGGAAAAAAUGUACAAGAGAAAGAAAAGAAUUGUCUUUAUUGUAAAUUUGUUGCAUUGUGCAAAAUGAAUAUACAAAUGUAUGUACCUGAAAUGAAAUAUGUAGAAGUAACCUUUAUGUUAAAAUCUACUUUGAUCUGCAACUUAGAUAAUUUUCACAUCCAUCUCUGAAUAAUGUACAGGAGUGGUGUUGUUCAUUGAGAAUCAAAAUUGUUUAAAGAAGUCCCUCAAAUAGACUGAAGUUCUGAAAAAUGGUAUACAUAAACGAUGCUGUAAUAUAUUGUAUCUAUUUCAACGUGGAUUUCCAGAGAGGUACGGGAAUUCUUAACUUCUUAUAUAUAUAUGUAUUAUAUGUUUUGAGUUUUGAUGGAUAUGAUAUACAAAUAUGUAUGUCAGAAUUGUUAAAUAUGUGUAUGAUGAAUUUAGAGAGAAAUGUUAAAUAACCUUUAACAAUUUAUUUGAACCUUUAAAGACUUUUUGUGAAUACUAUGAGAGAAACCCGAAAUUGUGCUGAUUUUUAUCAUAUUUCCAUAU